UUGUUGCAGGAACCAGUCUUGUUUUCCUGCUCAAUAUCUGAGAAUAUUGCCUACGGGGCAGAGGACCCUUCUUCAGUCACACAAGAGCAGAUCCAUAGAGUGGCAGACAUAGCCAAUGCUUUGGGGUUCAUUGAAAAUUUUCCAAAAGGAUUUAACACUGUGGUCGGGGAGAAAGGCGUCCUUCUGUCAGGUGGCCAGAAACAAAGAAUUGCGAUUGCCAGAGCAUUAAUGAAGAAUCCAAGGAUUCUUCUUCUGGAUGAAGCCACCAGUGCGCUGGAUGCAGAAAAUGAAUACCUCGUUCAGGAAGCUCUGGAUCGCCUGAUGGAGGGGCGGACGGUUCUCAUUAUCGCCCACCGUUUGUCAACAAUCCAAAAUGCAGACGCGGUGGCCGUACUGGACCAGGGCCGAGUGGUGGAGUGCGGGAAACACGAACAGCUUCUGCAGAACAGGAACGGACUGUUCACUAAACUGAUGGAGAAACAGUCCAACCCCCUGCGCAGUAGAGAUGCCGCGAUGAGCACCCCCUGAUGAGCACCCUGUCAUGAGCUCCCCCGAUGAGCACCCUGUGAAGUGUGCCCCGUGACAAACGCACCAUGCUGUAUUUUAUUAUAAUUUUUAUUUAUACAUGAGAUGUAUUUUUCAGGAGUUUUUGGAAUCAGUUUUCAUAAUUUUUACUUUUUUAGCAUUUUUUUUUUUUUUAGCACUGG